AAAAAAGUUUCACUUAUAAACAUUUGCAAAAAAAUUGGUACAAUAUAAUCUACCAAAGCGCGCGAAAUGAAGAAAACUAAAUACAUUUUUGGCAACACAGCACUACCGCGCCAUCGUUUGCGCGCAACGUUGUAUAGACGUGUUGCGCCCGCGUUUUGUCAAAACAAUUCAAGAGAUUUGUGCCAUUUGUGAUUUUAAUAAUAUACUGGAUUGCAGUGUUAUUGUUUUUGUGAUAGUGUGUUUGUUUCACUCAUUUUCGACACGGACAAGUAUGUCCAACGAUUAUAUGUAAAGACGAAUCAAUCGACUCAAGUACCGAUAAUAUGGGCAGUGCUAAGGUCUCGAACGCUACUAUAACAAUGGGUGACAACGACAAAAAAGGCUUUAACUUCUUGAAAAAACUCAAACUGUUCGGCAAGAAAGAGAAAAAGGAGGAAAAGAGAAAGGAGGAGAAGAAAGAACCAAAGAUCGACGCGGUGCUCGAACAAUUCCAGAACCUGGACAUAAAGAAGGAGAAAGAGGAGGAUGACGAAUCACAAUUCUUCUCGUACAAAGUUGUAAAAGAUGAUGCGAGGAGUGACAGAAUCGACUCCCAAUCAUCAGAGGACAGCGGCUUUGUUGAACCAAAGGCUGAAGACGAUGUAGCUGAUGCGAUAAAAAAUUUGAAAAUAGAAGAUAGUGAUAAAACGAAUGUUAAGAAUGCGAAAGAAGAGAGCGAGAAGAAGACUAAGAUAGUGAAGAUUAUCCGCCAGCCUACGAGGAACAAAGUCUCCGUGUAUAGGUCCGGAGAUCCUUACACCGUGAGGCAAUCUGAAACAUCUUUUAGACAACAGAUAAGCCAAAUCAACCAACACACGUUAACAGGCGGUCACAUCCUCGUCAACGCGAACCAAGUACCAGACAAUUAUUCCGAAGUGGACAUAGCGUUGAAGAGCGUAGAAAAGAUCUCUCAGAAACGACAGAAAGACAAGGAAUACCUCGAAGACGUGUUGGAACUCAUCAACAAUGAUACGAAAGCUUCAGACGAUUUCCUAUCAGAGUUCGUGGAAAUACAAGGCGAGUCCUGCGACCCCAUACACAUUGUGCCGACAGAAACGCCAGAACCAAAUCCUGUUGAAGAAUUCUCAUCAUAUCAACACAUUUACAACCAUUACGAAGAUUUUGGGGACAUGACUAACAUGAUUCUCGGCGUUCUGCAAGAAUCACAGUCGAAAACACACAUCUUCCCUACACCACCACGUUCGGAGAACGUUCCAAGUCCAAUGUCGGAAUCGCAGGCGUCGUUCUACCGCUCGAAUUCUGACUACACUCUAUCUCCUGAGCGGUCUUCUCCUAUCUGUAAUAGCGAUUACGAGAAGUAUCAAGAUUUGACUAGUUUUGAUGAAUUCCCAAAUUCAAACGAGACUGUUGAUAAAAGGGAAAGAACUUCGUCUAUAUCUUCCAUGACAAUGAAACAGUUUAAAGACAUGCAAAAGGAUAUAGCAAAUGGUUUCUCUAAGAAGGAAUGCUGCGACGUAAACAGGAAGAGUUGUAAGGAGAUAUUCCAGGAGCAUCUGUCGAAGAUGAAGAUGGUUGAACGGAAGAAUUUGGUGCUGAAAGUUGCUAAGUUAGACUUAAAUACCGCUUAUGGUGUCCUGCAGAACAUCCUGCUGAGUUUGUCGCGAGGCGCGGAGCAGGAGGAUCUCCAGUACUCUCUCUUCGCUCUCAUAUGUGAGAGGGUACUUGCGCAGAAACCCGCCCUGUUCGCUCACGACUUUGGCCUCAGUUUGCUAAAGUCAGCAGCACUCCGCUGCCCUCACAGACCUCUGCUCACCCGAUACAUCGUGCAAUGCAUUCGAGUCGCAAUCAAAAUAGACUCCACCGUCGUCGCCGGGAAGGAUAGCGUUUUUCAAGAGGUUGACGCACAAGGUGACACGUUGGUGAUAGCAUGCGCACGCGCUGGUGACGCGUACGCCGCAGUGCUGGCUGAAAUAGUACGCAAGGACGCUGACCAACUGCCGCUUUUCCGCAUCCAUCAUGCUAAUACUGACGGCUACACGGCGCUGCACGUGAGCUGCAGCCAGCACAGCGCGCGUGCACCCCGACUGCACACCGUCCACGUGCUGCUCCACCACGGAGACGCUGAUGUAUGGAAAGGGGACGUAAAAGGCGGCGACACAGCGCUCCAUCUAGCGGUGAACUCCGCCAACUGCGACAUCCAGCUCAUCAUGAUGCUGUUCAAGAACAUCGACAGGAAACAAUGGAAGAGUCUCGCGCACUGCCGCAACAUGAGUUCAGUAACGCCUUUGGAGUACGCGCGCUCAGCCACAAAAUCCACAACGAGACAAAACUACCCGCAAGAAGUGUUGGACUUCUUGAAGAAAUGCCGUUGAAAUGUUACCAUUAUUUUCUCUGUAUUAUAUUCGUUUUUAAGGCUGGCAAGCCUAGUGAAAACGUCAGGUUUUGUAUUAUUUACAUGACUGCGAAAUUAUGACAAAUGGUAUAUUUUUUAGACAACACCGAUUGUCAGAUUUUUUUGUCAGGAGGGCCUAUUCCGUCUACGUGGGUAUAUACGUCUUACUAAUAUAACAUCAGCCCUGUAUUAUAUACUGUCCCACUGCACGGGCCUCCUCUACUGAGAGAUUACGCCUUAGUCCACCACGCUGUAGUGCGAAGAUUUCACACACCCUCAAAAUUCCUAUAGAGAACUUAUCAGGUUUCCUCACGUUUUCCUUCACCGUUAAAGCAAGCGAUAAUUCACAAAUACACACAUAACUUUAGAAAAGUCAGAGAUGUUGGGAUUUGACCCUGCGGACAUUCGUCUCGGCAGUCCGUUCCACAACCAACUAGGCUAUCGCUGCUUUUCGAACAUACUAAUCGAACGACAACUUUGUUAACUAUUUAGUUAAGAGGCAAGAAAUCUAUUUACCUUUGACUUUCUAUUGGACCCCACUCUACUUACCAUCAGGUGGUGUCACUUUGCUGUAUGUAAAAAAGAAGAGAAUAUCAAAUCUGUCUUACAAUUUAAACAUCAAUAAUCGCAAUAACGGUUUCGCCCGCAUAGACGGAAUAAGACUCAGAUAUUUCGUAGUUUUAAAAAUGGUGCUCUAGUUGAGAAAUUGACGUACUGUUUUCUAAAACCGCCUUUUUUAAUAAUUAAUUGAUAACAUUUCGAUUCUUGAAAUAUCUGGUGAGUUUUCGCCCACAAAGAUUCUGCAAGCCAUGUAUUUUUUAGAAUGUAAGGUAACACAAUUGACAGCUUUUUUAGGCUGGCAAUGUCGUGUGAUUCGGAAAUUAUUUUAAGUUAAUUUUAGUUUACUGUUUUUUUUCGAUCUACAGAUCUAUGUAAUGGAGAUAUCGCAUUAUACGUAAUGAGAUAAUAUAAAGUAUUUUCUACGCUAAGUCUCUUUAAAACAUAAUAACUUAUGACCAUUCAUUAAUAAAGAAAAUUAUUGACGAACUAUUAAAAAAUUAUACAGGGUGCAACGAAAAAUAUAUUUAAAAAAAGUGCACAAUUGUACGGAAAUAUAAAAAAAGACUGUCAAACUUCAUUCAUCUUCAAAAACUAAGAUUAUGAAAACAAUUUUUCCAAUCAUAUUUCCUUUUUUUUUAUAUUUAUUUGGCUUAAUUUUUAUCGUUGUUACAUACACGUAGCAUGAACUAAAUCUUUGUAUCUCCCUGUACAUUAUCAGACUAGUAAAAUAGUCCUUUAUAACUUAAACAACACAUUUAGAUCAAUAAUAAAGUGAUCAGAUGUAACCAAAAUAAAACCAUAAACAUAAAAAACGCAUUGAAAAUUAAUUGUUUUAGUUGACCUGUAUGAAACACUAAUUAUAUCGAAAUAAAAGAAAAAAAUAGUCACUAUAUGUCCUUUUAGUUUUUUUUUUGUCAAAUAUUCAUAGCAUUUCGAUAACUAGAUUUUUCAAACUUUUGAUACGACUGUAUAACUCUUGUGACCAACAUUUGAGCAAAGGUUGGUAAUAGCAUAAUAUAUUAAACGUAUUCGGAGUUAAAACAUAAUAAUAUAUAAGGUUAUAACAUUGAUGCAAGUCUGAUUAUAUCUUCAUCCUAGAAAGGCAGAAUAAUUCUGGCAUGGCUAGGCGCAACAUCAGAGUAAGUUAGUUUUCUUUGUUGACUAAUAGUAUUUUUUAAUAAAUGAUCUUUAACGCUUUUUUUUAUGUAUCUCAAAUAUGAAACAAUCAGAGCUAGGUUUUAUGUGACUGCUUACAAAUUACUUAUUUUGUUUGGUUCAUUCUCGGAAUCGGAUUCAAGAUAGAGAUUGGGAUCAUUUAUUGAAAACUGCUGUAAUGAUAAAUGAUAUAAAAAAACACUUGGUGAAUACAAAAAAAAUAUUGACAAAAAUAAUUCUGGUAACAAGUUUUUCAAUGUUUUUGGCUAAUUUUGAAAGCCCAAAAAUUAUUGAAUCUGUUUUUUUUUUACUGCUUUUUAGUUUUUGAGCAAGGCCUCAUAUUUUUUUGUAGAUACUGCAAUAUGUACGCAUAAUGUUUCCGUCUCCUAAUCACAAGUGUUUGAAACAUCACAAAUAUUGGUUGUGACAAUUUGAUUUGAGUAUUUGUUUGAAGUUGAGUAUUUUGUCUUUUCAGAUUGUUGAAAGAGCUCUUUCGUAUUCGCCAUUGUGGUUGCCCUUUUUUUUAAAGUUUCGCAACUGCGAGUGCGACUUUUUCGUUUUCGCAAUUGCGAAUACUUUUUUUUCAAUUUCGCAACUGCGAGUGCGACUUUUUCGUUUUCGCAAUUGCGAAUGCGAUUUUUUUUUCAAUUUCGCAACUACGAUUGCGACUUUCGUUUUCGCAAAUGCGGAUUCGAUUUUAUUCGCUUUUAUAAUUGUUAAUGUGAUUUUUGUUUUCACAAUUUCUGAUGCUGUUUCUUACUUCUCUAAAUCCACGUAUGUAUAGGACUCCAUAAUAUGGAGUUCGUAUCAGGUAGAUAUUAGUUAUAUAUUGCUGUAUAGAAAACAAAGUUCCAAUAAAAUAGAAUUUUGAUUUCCAUUCAGCGAAUUUUUCACCUUAGGGUUUUGACAAUAACGAUAAGUUUUAAGAUUAUAUUUUUAUCAGAAAAUGUAUGAAUUUUAAUAUGUAAAUAAAGUGAAGAUAUUUUUUAUUAUA